AUGCAACCAAAGACAGAUUUCGUGAAGUUCUUAGGAAAAGGCUCGUACGGAUCAGUCGAUCUUGUCAAGUACAUCGAAAACGACGGCUCGUGUCCUGUUUACGCAGCCGUGAAAACAUCUGAAUGUGAAGACUACGACUCUCUCCGAAGAGAGAUUCAUAUUCUAUCCAAACUCAAGGGAUGUCGAAGCAUCGUGCAGUGCUAUGGGAAUUAUAAGUUAGAGGAGGACUUUGAUGACGAGGGGUUCCGAGUCUACAAGAUUUUCAUGGAGUACGCAGCAGAAGGGAACUUAACAUCGCUCAUGGACAGUUACAAAGAUAGAAGAUUGCCGGAAACCAUGAUCAAAGACUUCGCUCGUAUGAUUCUCCAAGGAUUGGUCUCUGUUCACAGCCACGGUUAUGUUCAUUGCGAUCUAAAACCCGAUAAUCUCCUUGUCUUCCCAUGUAGACAGUCUUACGAAUUGAAGAUCUCAGAUUUCGGGUCUUCGAGAAAAGUCGGAGAACAUGCGGAUUGUUGGGAAGUUGAUUCACCGUUUGUUGGAACGCCUAUCUACAUGUCGCCAGAAUCAGUCCACAGCGGCGUGGCUGAGAAAGCCCUAGAUUUGUGGUCGUUAGGGUGCAUAGUAUUGGAGAUGUUUACCGGUGUGAGUCCAUGGUCGGAUGUUGAUUUUGAUGAUCUUGCGUCUCUUCUAUUGGAUUGGAAAGCGCCUGAGAUACCAGAGAGUGUACCCUGUCAUGCAAGGAAGUUUCUAGAAACGUGUUUCGCAAGGAACCCUAAGGAGAGAGGUAGCGCUUAUGAUUUAUUGUUGCAUCCGUUCUUGCGUGGUGAACAGAAGAUGGAGAAUGUGAUUUCCGGCUUCUCACUGCCGCCACUGAAGUUGAAGAUUAGAAGAGCUCCGAAGAAGUCUACGGAUACUUCUAAAAAGGCCAUGAAGUUAAAGAUUAUUCCACCAAAGCCCCCACAGUUUAAACCCCUGAAGGUGAAGAUUAUGCCUCCCAAGACUCCAGCUUCUAGUUUUAUUCAUGUUUAA